AGCUAGGGGAGUGUAUCUCUGACACAUGAACUCUUUUUGCUCGUGAGAAAUUGGGUGUGUCGCGUGCGAAAAUGUGGAGAGUGAUAUUUGUGUGUCGCAUAGCUCCAACGGACGACCGACGGUGAACAGAACGCUCUGGUCGUCUGAAAAGUGCAGAACCAAAUCCGAACAAAGAAACGUAACGGAAACGUUUAUCUUUUCGCACAGCCUGCUGGGUAAUAUGCUAGCGUCACAGCUCACCGAAUGGAGACGCGCGGCGGAAAUGUGACCAACACAAACGCAGACAUGUCUGUGUCACUGUCAGCUGAGAGGGACAGGGUCCAGAGACAGGUGGAGGAGCUUCAACAGAAACUCUCUGUGGAUGAAACUGAACUGGACCUGCUGAGCAGUGAGACGGAUGAUGUCUCAGACAGUGAGGACGAGCAGGAUGAGGUGGGACAGUGUGCAGCCAGCUUGUUGGUCCAGAAGAAAAAGAUCCAAACAGCAAUCCAGAACCUGGAGGACAUGCUGGGACCACACAGUCCACUCAGUGUGUCCAGCAGGGACAGCAGCUCCAGUGACACGAGUGACCUGGGUCUGUCAGAGUCUGUUGAUUCGUGUCUUCAGGUGAACUUGGUCUACCAGCAGGUGAUCCAGGAGACUCUGGACCAGCUUGAGACACUCCUGACUCAAAAUCAGACACAGCAGAGGGACAUCUUGUCACAGAUUUCUGGACCAAUCAAGGAGUCCAAAGAACGUCCCACCUCCUCGCUUCAGUAUCCACCCAGGAUGUUCCUGGGAAGCUUCCUGAAACCAUACUUCAAGGACAAGCUGACGGGACUGGGUCCUCCAGCCAAUCAGGAGGCUCGUCUGAGAGCUCAGAGGAUGGCAGGAUGUCCCGCUGAGAAGAAGCUCCGAGCCAAACGAUGGCAGAGCUGGCACAAGAGCCUGCUGAUCCACUCUGUGAGCAGAGACAGUCUGAAGAGACUCAUCCAACCCAAACUGUCCAAGGUGGAUUACCUGACUCAGAAGAUGUCCACUGCAAACGAAGAUGAGCAGUUCCAGCUCAGAAAGCAGAUAGAAGGUCUGGAGAAAGAGAUAGACCUGCUCAGGCAGAAGAAGGGGGACGAGAUGAUUGGCAGCCGAUAUGAAGAGCACGACUGGCAGAAAAUCUCAAACAUCGACUUUGAAGGGACAAAGGAUGCAGACGACAUCCGUCUCUUCUGGCAGAACUUCCUGCAUCCGUCCAUCAAUAAGGCGGCAUGGAGCAAAGAGGAGGUGCUGCAGCUGAAGGGGAUCAGCAGGAGACACCAAGAGAGGCACUGGGAGAGAAUCGCUGAGGAGCUGGGGACGGGGAGGACGGCCUUCAUGUGUCUUCAGAUGUUCCAGCGUUUUGUCUCAAAGUCUCUGAGACGUAGCAGCUGGACUGCAGAAGAAGAUGCUCGGUUUAAAGCGCUUGUGGAGAAGAUGAGGAUAGGAAACUACAUCCCCUACACUCAGAUCAGUUACUUCAUGGAGGGUCGUGAUCCAGGUCAGCUCCUCAACAGGUGGAUGCAGGUUUUGGACCCACGCCUGAAGAAAGGCCCGUGGACCAAAGAGGAAGACCAGCUCCUCCUUAAAGCCGUGUCUCGUCAUGGAGAGUGCUGGUGGAAGGUCAGGCUGGAUGUUCCUGGACGCACCGACAGCGGCUGCAGAGACAGGUAUUUGGACUGUCUCCGGAAGGACAUCAACAGAGAACCGUUUAGCACACAUGAGCAGGAGCUGCUGAAGUUUCUGGUGGUGAAACACGGAAUUGGUCGUUGGGCGAAGAUCGCAGCAGAGAUUCCUCAUCGUUAUGAUGCUCAAUGCAUGCGAGAGUGGAGGAAAAUGACUUGUUUUACUCGGCCUUACCUAAGGAGAAAGCAGACCACAAGAGGAGGAGGAAAGGCUAAGGCUAAGAGGAAAAUCGGGAGAUUUGUGAAGAUCACAAAGGAGGAGGAGGAGGAUAUAAACGAAGAGGUGGAGGUAACUGAGGGAGAAGAGGAUGAGGACAUGGUGCUGGACACAGACAGUGAUGAAGACAGGAAGAAAAAGAGAAAGCGGAUGAAAGCGACCAUAAAGCAGGAGACCAUAGAGCAGGAGAUCAUAGAGCUGGAGACCGUAGAGGUGGAGACCACAGAGCAGGAGACCAUAGAGCAGGAGACCAUAGAGCAGGAGACCAUAGAGCAGGAGACCACAGAGCAGGAGACCACAGAGCAGGAGACCACAGAGCAAGAGACCACAGAGCAAGAGACCACAGAGCAAGAGACCACAGAGCAGGAGACCACAGAGCAGGAGACCACAGAGCAGGAGACCACAGAGCUAGAGGAAGAGGACGAGGAGUACGUGAUCCCACCCAUGAAGGAGUGGAUCCCUACAGAGAAAUCUGAGACCGGCCCAUCGCUGAACUUUCAACCGGUGGUCCUGUCUUCAUCGUCCAAUUCCCCAGACGGGAAAUGUGUCCGCUCCACUGUGGUGGAAGAGUCGGGAAGCUCUGUCAUCUUUGGAGCUCCUCUCAGACUGCUCAACCGUGAGGAGCGCCACAACAGCGCCGCCAUGAUGAUGGUGAAAUGUUGCCAGCUGAAAACUUACCUGGACCUCAUAAAGAAGGAGUCCACCGCGCUGCCCCCCAGUAGCAAGCUGGCGGACAGGAGCUUGGAUUUGACACUGCAGGCUGCGGUCACACCAUGGAUCGGGAACCUGCUGAUCAAGGAAAGGAGGCGCAAGACAGUCGCUGAUGUCCUGAGAGAGAAAUCGGAGAGCAGAAACAUUUCCACCUCCUCCGCCUUCGUGCUGUUCCUCCAGGCCAUGAAUGUUGACGUUGUUGGCUGCAAGGAAAUGAUCCUGCAGAGAAAGAAAAAGAUGGUGCAUCAGGCUCCGCCCCCUGCUUCAUCACUUGUCAGGAAUAACAUUUGGAAGAAGACUGCACAACUCCUUCAGGAGGAGGACGAGCAGGGCAGGCUGAGGCUUCAGGAGGCGCCGCAGCAGAAGCUGCAGCCGUGUGUUCUCCUGCAGGUUCCUGGUCACCCGACUCCUCAGGUCUUCCUCCUACCUCCUCCGACCUCUCAGCCCACUGUUGCAUCUCCUUCCUUUACCAACAUCAGACCUCCUCCUACAGGAGCUCCUCCUUUCAUCUCAACACUACCAACCACUAACCCAGUUCUCAUCCCGUUAGCUUUGCCCCCUCCCCAGGCCUUUCCCAUCGGCUCUGCUGUGACCAGUGACAGCACCACUUUAAUCUCAUCGGGAACCUCCCCUGCUGCUCCGAGCCUCGCCGUGACUCCACCCACACGGAGAGAGCAGAGGGAGGAGGCCACCUGCAGCAGCCAGAGCAUGGCAGCAGGUACAGGUGUGGAUGGAGCUCAGCAGAAAGCUCAGCCGAAAACCACGAGGGACUCGUCACCAGAAAAGGAUCUAACCCAGAAAACCGGCUCUGCUCCCCAUCCUCCGGCCCCUGGCACGUUCUCUUUUUCCCCUGCUGAAAGCCUCGGUUUAGCUCCGCCUACCUCCACAAUAGACAUGGACCACAAUUACAGCACUGUUGACAACGCCCCAAAAGGCUCUGAUUCGGCCCCCACGGCGACCCCAGAGCCUGAAGGCAGGAAAAGGAAGGGGGAGGAACAGCAAGAGGAGGCGGGCAGUUCCGGGCCAGGAGUGACCCUGGAUGGGAAACGCCUCCGCAAGCCAAGUUUCAAAAUUCGAGAAGCCUUGGCCGAGGCUGAAAGAAAGGGGAGAAGCUCCGCCUCCUCAGCUCAGCCGAAGCAGAAGUCCCGAACUCGCAGGAAGCAGGUGAUUGCGCCCCUGCCGCAGACUCCACCCCUCCCGCAGACUACACCCCUCCCGAAGACUCCACCCCUCCCACAGACUCCACCCCUCCCGAAGACUACACCCCUCCCGAAGACUCCACCCCUCCCACAGACUCCACCCCUCCCGAAGACUCCACCCCUCCCACAGACUCCACCUCUCCCGCAGACUACACCCCUCCCGCAGACUACACCCCUCCCACAAAUUGCCGGGUUGAACUUUCAUCAGACAUUGUGGGUCAUGACCCCCACUGGUCUAGUUCCUCUGGCUCCGCCCCCACACAUGCAACUGAUGUCUGUCCCAAGCUCCGUCCAACCAGCGCCUCAGGCCCCUCCCCCUCCCACAGCCGGAAGCCUCCCAUCUGUCAGACUAAAACCACCUGCUGCAUCCCGGGAUCCAGUUUUCAAUCCGCCCAAUCCUUUUUAUGCCACACCCACUUGCCAGUUAAUGCCCAUUCCGAGGUCACAUGACUCGAACCGUUGCCAAGAACCUGACUUGAUCUUUCCAUAUAAGGGAGUGAUCAAGGUGGAGUCGGUGAAAGCUCCUCCCCUCAGGACAGAGGGACUGCAGUUUAACCCCGCCCUGAUGUUCCAGGAACCCACAGAGGAGGUGUGUGGUUGGCUGAGUGGACGUGGGGGUGUGGCUGUACCUGGAGCCAGGUCGGCACUCCCUUACCUGCCACCUUUUUUCAGCAACCUGAGCACAUUCAGAAAUCUGCUCCGCACCAAAAAAGCUUUGAUGACAUCAUCGCUUCAGCUGCUGAAUGGCGCCAACAAUCCAGACCCCGCCCACUCCGCUGCAGACUUACCAGACUCCACAUCCGAUGUCAGAGCUGCUGAAGACCAUCCAGCUCCCGCCAUCAUUCCCAGCCAAGAGGAGCAGGUGGAGCUGUUACGUCAAAUGGUGGCAGAGCGUUACUCGUUAAACCCCGCCUACCAACUCUUGAAGGCCCGCUUCCUGUCCUGCUUCACUCUCCCUGCCCUCCUGGCUACCAUGCAGCCAAUCACAGAGGAGACAUCCCAUCCAGUCAAUCAGAGGGAGGAGGAAGAAAAAGAAAAAGAAGGAGAAGAGGAUGAGCCGCUGAAAAAGAUCCAAGAGAGAGGAAGAAACAGGAAGGUUGUGAGAUCUCUGCUGCUGUCUGGUGACCUCACAGCUUCAGCCAAUCACUUCUCAGGAAUGCGGAUCGUCAACAGGUCCACCACGGACCCGGAGCGGGCUCCACAAAGCCAGCCACCACAAACUGGGCUGGGUCAGACUGGAUCAGAACCAGAGCGUAAACUCUCACAUGGACUCUCGGGUUCUACAUCGGAAAACAGUUGAAGCAAUAGUUCUGGUUCCUGUGGUGUUCUUAAAGCACCUCCCAUCUGUGGUGGCCUCAUGUUUAAUCAUUUCAGUUUUAUGUUUGUGGUUUCUUCAGGAACGCGGAGCGGAACCGGAAACCCUCCAGAACCUGAAGCACAAACGGGUUCAGUGUUAAAGUUAACAGAACCUUUUUGCACUUUCUAAAUAAAUAAAUCCCUUUUUUUGUA